AUGCACAUCAUGCACACCAUGCACACGCUCGCUUUCCUCGCAGCUACUGGAGUAGCAGGCGCUGCCGCUCAGGCUGGCCAGUGGGGUCGCCUCGUGGAGCCCGCCAAGUUCGGAGUCGUGGCUCGUGAUGAAGGCUGUAGCGAGAUGCCUGCGCUCUGCACGGAUUUGGUACUGCUACGCGGCCAUGAGACGACUCUCACAUACUUGUGUCCUGAGACCGAGGUUGGCAACGCGGGACCUACCACGUCGUCUGCAUUUGUUGAGCCUCUUGCCUCUACUUCGAACGGACCCGCUCCCACUUCGGAGCAGCCUACCACAACCACGACAGUCCAGUCGACGAUGGAGGUUACUGUUACAGAGACGGUGCUCAAGGCCACCGCUAGUUCUUCCUUCUCACUAACGCCGGCUAUAAUCACUUGGUCCUUUCCGGCUAUUUUGCCCUCUGACAUGAAGUCGCUUCUCUCCGCCAGCCCAACGUGGUCCUCUGUCAAGAACGUGUCUUCGGCAAUGCCUCAUAUCCCCAAAUCACGGCCAGUUACCACAAGGACUUCAGUCUCCAUAGACUUGACCUCUUUCAAUUUGUUUCCCACCCACACGGUUGCUAAUUCGUCUUCAACUGCCUCCUCGACGACCGUCUCCUCCUCGGCUGCCUACUGCAAAGCUCCCUACGCCAACAGCACCUCUCAUGGUGGCUACAAUGCUCCCACUCUGAAUGUGGCGAGGGAGGCCAACUCUACUGAAACCGUCACCACCAUUGCGCCUGUCGCCACCAUUACUGGUACAGGUGUGGCUGUCGAGAGUCGCGUCUCAUUUGUCGCACUGUUUCUCGGUGUGCUGGUCACUGCUCUCAUGUUUUGA